AGUCCGCCAGCUCGUUGUCGAAACAGAACGGCGCGGGAGGGUUUUAUCUCUUCUCUCUCUCUCUCUCUGUCUUUAUCGCGGAUCCGUCUCCGACAAGGCAGCUCCCUCCUCGGAAUGCGGCGACUCCCCCGGCCGGCGCCGCGGACGGCGGAGGACCCACCCGCUCCUCCGGGACCGACUUCCGCGAGAGGAAUGGUGACUGUCUGCCUAGAAUGUGGGGACAAUGGCUUCGAUGUUGCUCUGAUCUAUUGUGGCGACUGUCAGGAAUGUGCCAUUCACCUCUAUUGCCUAGAAACCUUGCCUAAAACUUUCGACGAACAUGUUGUUUGGUUCUGCGAGGAUUGUCGACACAAGCUUGGAAAGCCCAAUACCAAUGAGGAAAGUUGCUCUUCCCUUUGUGAAGAGGAUGACUUAGAGACUAUAGAAUUCGUUCAAUGUACAAAAAAUUCAAAAAGUUUUCCUAUAGAAAGAUUGGGGAAGAAGAUUGAGAUUGAGAAGUGGAUGAGGGAGAAGAAGAGGAGAAAGAAGAAUGAACUCAAGCCACUAAUGGUUAGAGAUAAGGAAGGACAGUUGGCUGAGAAGGGCAGGGUCUUUACUUCAGAGACAGAUGUUGGAAAAACCAAAUAUGUAUGUCUUAGUCAAGUUUAUGGAACUCGGAGCAGCGGAAACUAUGAAAAAGCUGACAAUAUUGGAAUAGAUAUGAGAGCUACCUUGGGAGACAUGCGGAACUCUAAUGAAGAGGCUGAAUCCAUGAAAGCCCUAGAAUCACCAAAGCUUGAUUGUCCAAAACUAUUUGGGGAACGUACUUACUCGUAUGCCCAGCCAAUUAUUGAUCCAAUCUGGAGGGGAAGUUUGAAAUUCAACAAACAAGGGAUCAAUUAUUUUGGGAAAGUCGUGGCACAUGUGUCCGACUUAGCAUGCUCUAAAGUGAACAAGGAGGCAAAGUUGUUCCCUUCGAUUCUUUGCACUGAAUUGCAUCCUACACCUAAAGUAUGGCCAAAAGGCUUCAAGGACCGGGGUCCCAGUGAUGAUAGUAUUGCAAUAUACAUAUUUCCUGAUAACAAGAGUGAGCAAGAAUUUUUUGAUAGCCUUGUCAUCGAAAUGAUCCGCAAUGAUCUUGCCAUGAGAGUGGUGGUUACCAACGCAGAGUUCCUAGUUUUCACUUCCACAAAGCUGCCGUUGCACCUUUGGAGAUUUCAGUCAAAAUUCUAUUUGUGGGGGGUUUUCAGGGAACCUUUGCCUGUGUCCAAGGUUGAUGUUGAUACGCCUGGAUCAGUGAAAGGUCCGUUGAAGAGGAUUAGUUGGAAGAUGCACAGCCCUGGGAGUCCUCUAAGCAUCAGCGGAAGUGAUGGUUCGAGCACUGUGUAUUGACAAAUUUUUUUUCUUCCUGGUUCUUUCAGAUUUUGAUGUGCAGGUUUGGAAUGGCUUAUAUGUCAAAUGUACAGUUUAAGCCCCGGCUUGCCCUUACUGAAUUGUUUGUUCGUAUGGCUUUUUGUUCUGUGGUCUAAACUAAUCUCUUGUAAGGACGGAUGUGUAAAGCCUGAAGAAAGUUGAAAAUAUAGAUCUCUUACUAUCUGUUCACUGAUGA